ACGUUGUCAAGUUCACUCAGUUAGCUGCAAAGUGUACAGCUUUUCAAAUUGUGAAUCUACUCAACGAUCUGUAUAAUGGGUUCGACUCGAUCAUUGAGGAACAUUCCGUUUACAAGGUGGAAUCGAUUGGUGAUGGAUAUUUGUGCGUCUCUGGUCUUCCAGCGAGGAAUGGCUACGCUCACAUCAAGGAGAUCUCCGAGCUGUCGCUAUCGUUCAUGAAGUUUGUUGACAACUUCAGGAUAUCAGCUCUUCCUAGAGAAAGGGUUCAGCUUCGAAUAGGAGUCAAUUCAGGGCCUUGCGUAGCAGGUGUCGUCGGUCUUAGCAUGCCUCGCUACUGUCUCUUCGGCGACACUGUGAACACCUCAUCACGCAUGGAAAGCAAUGGAAAACCUGGUUACAUCCAUUUGACUAAAGAAUGCGCACGAUUUGCUGGUGAAAGAGGAAAGGGUGUGAUGGAAACAUUCUGGUUGCUUGGCCGUCGUGGAGCUUUCUCUCCGGCUUCUCCCAUCAAACAACGUAUCGAGCAGAACACAGAAGAACAGAUCGAGGAACAGAAUGGCGAACAAACACCUCCCUCCGAAGACAAGACAGCUGAGAAGACUCCACCACUAACUCCAGACAUCGGUUCAACAAAUGCAAUGUACAGAGAAUAUUUGCGUAGCGAUACAUUAGAAGUUUCUUAA